AUGGCUCCUCCAACCCUGAGAUGGGGCGUCGUCGGGACCGGCUGGAUCGCCGACAUGCUCUACGAGCAGCAUCGAAAAAGCCAAAAGUUCAUCGACAACCACUGGGGCGGCGCUGGGCCCGCACCCCGCGCUUUGCACAAGUGGAACUGCUUGGAUGCCAUCCGCACGGGGAAGCACGUCUUGUGCGAGAAACCGAUGGCUUUGGAUUCCGAAGAGGUGGAAUCAAUAGUAGCUGCGGCGAGGGCUAAGGCUGGAGAAAAGGGUGAACUCUGGCGACAUCGGCCGCGUAUGGCGCUCCGUCAUCGAAAUUGGCCUCGGCCAAGAUUGGGACAGCCUGCCAGCAACCCACCGCCUGAAGACCCCGCGCUCGGCGGCGGCGCCCUGCUCGAUCUCGGCAUCUAUACUCUCACAUACUCAUCCGUCAUCAUGGGUCGGGGUCUGUACGGAGAUGCGCAUCCGAGCCCGGAGAUGAUCUCGAGCAUGGAUAUUGUAAACGGCGUAGAUGAGACAACGACCGUCAUUUUGCAAUACAAAACCACAGAUGGUGAGCCUCAGACAGCCGUCGCCCUGGCCACCACCUUGGCAGAUAGUCAGCGUGACUUUGGACGAAUUCAGGGCAAGAAGGGUGUGAUCACCCUGUACACGGAGUUCGGCCCCAGCUGCCCGUCUGGAUUUCGAAUUCGAUGGGCGGAUGGGAGCGAGCAGGAUUUCCCGUUCAAGCACCCGGAGGGCACGAUUGGAUUCAUACACGAAGCAGAUGCUGUCGCCAAGGACAUAUUCGCAGGGCGUACCGAGAAUGAGAGGAUGCCCCUGGCGGAGACGUUGCGGAUGAUGCGGCUGAUGGAUCGGGUCCGGGCCCAAAAUGGCCUUGUCUAUCCUAAAAAUAACAGAUGA